GGAGAGCACAGCUCGGAGAGAGGCUGCCCGAAUUGCUCCAUCGUCGCGCGGCGCAGAAGGAAGCGGCUUCCCGCGGUCGCGCCAUCGCCCUCGCACGGUUUCCGAGCACCGCUAUGCGCUUGCUCCCUCUCCUCAUGAUCUACUGCGCCUGGGCCCUGCCCGGCCAGUACAAGAAGCGGCGCCGGCGCAAGAAGAAGAAGCAGAAACCAGAAAGAGUGCAGAUCCACCAGGCCGACCUCUGCACGGGCUGCCUCAGCUUCGUCGAGGACUACCAGAAGACGCUCUCGGCAAUCUACGAGGCGGGCGCGAUGGACGGCCGGCGGGAGGAGGACCACAUCCUGCCGGAGGAGAUCAAGCGCGCGAUGACGGCGCGCGAGACGCACUACUCGGACGAAAUCAAGCAGGCGGGCCGCUACCUGCGCCAGGAGGCCCUGCACCGCGUUUAGACCUGUGUGGAAAUCGAGCAGUGAGGUAGAUUCAAUGCGGCGAUGGCGGGGCGCCGCGAAUUUUGAUUUCCACACCAGGUACAGACGAGCUACCACCUCGACGUCGAGUCGAAGCAGCAGCUCGACGAGAAGGCACUGGUUUUGGCGCGCAAAAAGUCGCUCUGCGUCGACGACCUCGAGGCGUGCCAACCGUUCGACGUCGACAAGCCGGCGCCCACCGAUAGUUGCGAAGCGUGCCGCGCGCUCGUCCCCGACUUGGAAUUUGUGGCGAAGCGCGCGGGCCUGCACACGGCCGCGGGCGCGUCCAAGACCCGCGAGUGGCUCCGCGAGGCGCUCGGCGGCGUGUGCGACGACGCGCCCUUCCGCCACCCGCGGCCGCUCGCCGUCGAGACCUUCUGCGUGGAGCUCUUCGACGAGCACGAGGAUGACGUCGUGGCGGCCGUGGACUCGUUCUACGCCGCCGUCCGCGCGCUGGAGAUCCCGUCCUUGGAUUUGGAGGCGUCGAUCUGCGUCGAGGUCGCCGGCGCGUGCGCGGCCGACGCGGUCAAGGACGCGCGGGCGGCGGAGCUGUGAUUGAUAAGAGGUGUUGUUUUAGGC